CCCUAGGUCCAGCCCUCAGUCAUGGCGUGCCCCCUGGAUCAGGCCAUUGGUCUGCUCGUGGCCAUCUUCCACAAGUACUCGGGCAGGGAGGGUGACAAGAGCACCCUGAGCAAGAAGGAGCUCAAGGAACUGAUCCAGAAGGAGCUCUCCAUCGGCGCCAAGCUGCAGGAUGCUGAAAUUUCAAGGCUGAUGGAAGACCUGGACCGGAACAAGGACCAGGAGGUGAACUUCCAGGAGUAUGUCACCUUCCUAGGGGCCUUGGCUUUGAUCUACAACGAUGCCCUCAAGGACUGCAAAUAAGUUGGGAAGGUGGAGAGGCCCUCUGGGGGCUUGUCUGAGUCCAAUCCAGUGGUGGGUAAUUGCACAAUAAAUUUUUUGUUGUUGUUGUUAUUGCUGAAUCUA